CGUGUCCAUUCCCUCAUCAGUUCAUUCUAACUUUCCAUUUGGUACAGGCCACUCACACAUGCUUUCCCUGAAAUGUGCGUAAGUCAGACACAUAACCUUCCUCUAACACCAAGGAAAUGAAACUUUCCAAGACAGAAUGCCUGGAGCUUUCUCCAGGGCAUCUCAAAACACGCAGGGGUGGUCGCCAGCUCUAGGAGCCGCUCCGGACCGCUCAGAGGUGGCCCUCCAGCCUCCAGUCACCGCCCUCCGGGGUCGCACACCCGCCCGACCCCGCUCUCCCGCAGGGGAAGUAAGGGUCGCCGCCCCAGAGGCGGAAGGAAGGAGCGUGACGUCCCAGGAACUCCCGCGUGACGUCGCACGGGCUCCAGGCGGGGCGGGUCCGAGCCCGGCCGGCGGCCCUCGGGCCGUCCCCACCCCCGGACGACGCGGGCUGCCCUCGGGGGCUAACUUUCCCGCCAGGCGUUUGGCAGGUUAGUGAGGGAAAGCCGAGAAAAGCGGACGGCAGUCUCGUCACAGCCCCGGAGCGAGCCCCCCUCUCUGCGGGCUUUCGAGACUCGCGAGGCAAUCUUGGAGGCCGUGUUUCAGCUGUCCAAAGACAACUUUAUGCCUAUAUAAUGUAACAGAAAAGGUCAGAAAACAUUAGGUAAAUAGAAGUGUGGAGCAAGAUGAACGUCUCUGGAAGCAGUUGUGGAAGCCCUAGUUCUGCAGAUAUAUCUAAUGACUUUAAGGAACUUUGGACAAAGCUAAAGGAGUAUCAUGAUAAAGAAGUACAAGGUUUACAAGUAAAAGUAAACAAACUGAAAAAGGAACGAAUUUUAGAUGCACAAAGACUUGAAGAAUUCUUCACCAAAAAUCAACAGCUGAGAGAGCAACAGAAAGUCCUGCAUGAAACCAUUAAAGUUUUGGAAGAUCGAUUAAGAGCAGGAUUAUGUGAUCGCUGUGCAGUAACUGAAGAACAUAUGCGGAAAAAACAGCAAGAAUUUGAAAAUAUCCGCCAGCAGAAUCUUAAACUUAUCACAGAGCUUAUGAAUGAAAAGAAUACUCUACAGGAAGAAAAUAAAAAGCUUUCUGAACAGCUGCAACAGAAAAUUGAGAAUGAUCAACAGCAUCAAGCAGCUGAGCUUGAAUGUGAGGAAAAUGUUAUUCCAGAUUCACCAAUAACAGGCUUUUCAUUUCCUGGCAUUAAUCGGCUGCGAAGAAAGGAGAACCUCCAUGUCCGAUACGUAGAACAAACACAUACUAAACCAGAGCACUCUGUUUGUACAAAUGAAUUGAAAAGAGUUUCAAAAUCUUCAGCUCAUCCGCACCAUAAGCCUAAUGAAAAUGAAAUUCUAGUGGCUGACAGUUGUGAUCAAAGUCAAUCUCCAAUGGCUAAAACACGUGGAACAAGAAGUUAUCCCACUGAUAAGUCAUCUUUUAAUUUAGCUACAAUUGUUGCUGAAACGCUCGGACUUAGUGUGCCAGAAGAAUCGGAAUCUCAAGGUCCCAUGAGCCCUCUUGGUGAUGAGCUCUACCCCUGUCUGGAAGGAGAUCACAAGAAACAACCUUUUGAGGAAUCUACAAGAAAUAAUGAAGAUAGUUUAAGAUUUUCAGAUCCUAAUUCAAAGACUCCUCCUCAAGAAGAAUUGACUCCUCGGGUAUCAUCUCCUGUAUUUGGAGCUACCUCUAAUGUGAAAAAUAGUUUUGGUUUGAAUACAAGUUUGUCGCCUUCUAUUUUAGAGACUGGGAAAAAAACUCAUCUGAAAACAGUACCUUUCAGCAGCACUUCUAAUUCUAGAUCAGAGAAAACUAGAUCAAAAUCUGAAGAUAGUGGUCUUUUCACACAUCAUAAUCUUGGGUCUGAAGUGAACAAGAUCAUUAGCCAGUCGUCUUCUAAUAAGCAGAUGCUUAUAAAUAAAAAUAUAAGUGAAUCUGUAAGUGAACAGGGUAGUAUUGAUCACAUUAAAGAUGCGAUUACUGAUAAAGAUAAACAUGUGGUGUCCUUGAAAUCACUGGGGUGCAAAACAUCCAAAAGGAAGAAAAUUGAGGAAGAAAGUGAAGAUGAAGUAAGCUGCCCCCAAGCCUCUUUUGAUAAAGAAAAUGCUUUUCCUUUUCCACUGGAUAGUCAUUCUUCUAUGAAUGGAGACUAUGUAAUGGAUAAACCCCUGGAUCUGUCUGAUCGAUUUUCAGCUAUUCAGCGUCAAGAGAAAAGCCAAGGGAGUGAGACCUCUAAAAUCAGAUUUAGGCAAGUGACUCUCUAUGAGGCUUUGAAGCCCAUUCCUAAGGGCUCUUCCUCAAGCCGAAAGGUCUUGAGUGAGAGCUGUGUGCCAACCAAAGAUUCCCCAGAGGAGCCCUGUUUGCAGGAGUGUGUCCUCCAGCCCUUGAGUAAAUCCUCUCCAGAUAAUAAAGCACCAUUACAGAUAAAAGAAGAAAAUCCUAUCUUUAAAAUCCCUCUACGUCCACGUGAAAGUUUGGAGACAGAGAACCUCUUUGAUGAUGUGAAGGGUGCUGGUUCUCAUGAGCCAGUAACAAUAAAAACCAGGUCAGUCCAUGGAGCAUGUGAACUUGCAUCAGUUCUUCAGUUAAAUCCAUGCAGAAUCGCUAAAACAAAGUCUCUUCAAAACAACCAAGAUGUAUCCUUUGAAAACAUCCAGUGGAGUAUAGAUCCAGGAGCAGACCUUUCUCAGUAUAAAAUGGAUAUUACUGUAAUAGAUACAAAGGAUGGCAGUCAGUCAAGAUUAGCAGAAGGAGAGACAAUGGACAUGGACUGUACAUUGGUUAGUGAAACUGUGCUUUUAAAAAUGAAGAAGCAAGAGCAAAAGAGAGAAAAAAAUCCAAUUGCUACAAGUAUGACAUUCAUCGACAUAGAAAGGAAAAAGCUUCCAUGUUGCCCUGAGCCAAUGCUCUUUUACAUAGACGGAGAAAAAGAAAUGAAUAAUAGCUUGGAAGAUAUGUUUGAUCGGACCACACAUGAAGAAUAUGAAUCCUGUUUGGCAGAUAGCUACCCCCAAGUAGCAGAUGAAGAGGAGGAAUUGCCAGUCACCACAAAGAAACCAAACACUUACGGUGAUAAACAAGAUAAAGUCAAACAGAAAGCAUUUGUGGAGCCAUAUUUUAAAAAUGAUGUAAGAGAGACUGGCUUACAAAACUUUCCUCAUAUUGAGGUGGUUCGGAAAAAAGAAGAGAGGAGAAAAUUGCUUGGACACACAUGUAAGGAAUGUGAAAUUUAUUAUGCAGAUAUUCCAGCAGAAGAAAGAGAAAAGAAGUUGGCUUCCUGUUCAAGACACCGAUUCCGCUAUAUUCCACCCAACACACCAGAGAAUUUCUGGGAAGUUGGUUUUCCUUCUACUCAGACUUGUGAGGAAAGAGGUUACAUUAAGGAAGAUCUUCACCCUUGCCCUCGUCCGAAAAGACGGCAGCCUUACAAUGCGAUUUUUUCUCCGAAAGGCAAGGAACAGAAGACAUAGAUGUUAGAGCAAAACAGGCUAGAGAACAAUAUUGUUUCUUUUUAGUUAUUUAUAGCUAAAGUUGGUAUUAAAAACACUGAUUUUUUUUUAAUCUUCUGUAAACUGAUUUAUAAAUGAUUUUUCUAUGGAAAAUAUUUUUAAAUGGCAUUUACUCACCACACAAACGACUAUUUAAAAUGUGGAUAAGUGAAUGUUGUAUUUUCUUGCUUUUGCACCAUUAAAACAAUAAGGUGCUCUCAUUUUGCACUCUAACUUAAGAGUUGUUUAUCUGCUUUAUUUGGUAUAACCUAAUUACAAUUUUGAAAAUAAUGAUAGUUAUAGUCUGUGAUUUGUUGCCCUUCAGAUCUUUACUUUUUACUCCACCUGCCUUUGGUAUUAGGUUGGUGCAAAAGGAAUUACAGAUCUUGCAAUUAUUUUUAACCUUUUAAACUUUUUUUUGGUGCAAUUACUUUUGCACCAACCUAAUAUUUACAUUCAGAGUGACUGACUUCAUGUUAAUCAUUACAAAUUUUCAUUCUGUUCAUCAGUUGCUCUUCUGUAGGUCAUUCCAAUGUUUGACAUUUACGUCUUUUUUUUUAAAGACCAAGUUUUAAUAGUCCUUUUUUUACCUUUCCAGCUUUUUUCUUUUAUUGACUUGAAAUGAGGUACUACUCUAGUAUAUUCCUUUCAAGGUGACCACAAAUACCAACUUUUUAUCCUUUCACAUAUAAUACAAAUUAACAUCAUCUUCUGAUCUAAUCCUAAUAUUCCAGGAUAUUAGGAUGUGAAAACAUAUUUCACAUGUUUUCUUUUCAUUAUACUUUUUUUUUUUUCUGGUGCAGCUUUCAAGCUGAAUUGGUUGAGUUCUCUGCCCAUGUGUGCAACUUUAAUUGUAUUGUUUUUCUGGAUUGACUAGCAUUAUGAACU